CAAUAUGAACAGUAAGAGCCUCUUGGAUCAGACAAUAUUGCGCACCGUAAAAUUGAAAAGUCGGAGAGAAAUCCUACUCAAUGCUUUCAAGAAAGAUGUAGCAGAGCUUCUUAAGAAUGAUCAAAGGGACAGUGCACUAUCUAAGGUAUACUCAUAAUCUUAAUCAGUGUUGUUAAGCUGAUUCUACGUGAUAACAAUAUCUCAAAAAGGAAAACUUAUAAACUAAAUGAUGUAGAAAAGUACUCUGUAUUUAAACCAAAGCCCAGAAUUCAUAGAGGAUGAAGAAACCCUAGUGAGAGUAAUUUUCCCUAAUUUCUGUGUGCAUUCUCUGGAGGAAGAGAACAGAUGCAUUUGACCUUCAGUUUUAUGGACUUUCCAAUAUGAGGUUAUAUAUUCUCUGCAAUUGCAGGUAGACGAUGUUUUCAGAGAACAGAACAUGAUUGAUGUAUAUGUUCUCAUCCAAGGGUUUUGCAGUGAUGUGAUCAAGAAAAUGCCAUUUAUUGAAAAACAGAAGUAAGAACUCUUCAUAAUUGCUCACUUUUCUUUCUAGCAGUAAUUAUGUCCUAAAUUGGUAUUGUUUAAUAACCUUGUAGGUCCUGCCCGCGUGGCCUGAGAGAAGCAAUAGCAAGUCUCUGUUUUGCUGCGCAAAGAUGUGCAGAAUUGCCUGAGCUGCAACAAAUUCGAUAUAUUUUCAGUUCAAAAUAUGGGCGACAAUUUACUGCGGCUUUACCCGAAGUACAAUCUGAUAGUGGGGUUAGCAAGGAGAUGAGCCAGAAAUUGUCAGCUCGCAAACCAAGUGGAUAUAUGAAAGUGAAGUUGAUGAAAGAAAUCGCUAAUGAAAAUGGAAUUGGAUGGAAAUUUGAAAAUUUUCUGGAUGGAUCAGAUUGCUUCACGGAACCAAUGAAGAUAGAUCGGUCAUCAAGGCAUGCUUAUGAAGCAAGUUCAGUUCUAGAAAAUACCAAUCAUAUCAGUGAACUGGACAAAUGGCCCGUGAAUUCAAAACGUCUAAAGCCAGCACCUGAAAUUUCCUCCUCUGCACCAUUAUCACCAGUUUCUUCCCUUGAUGAUGAUGAAAAGGAGAAAAUGCACAAUUUAUUUUCUGCCAAAAAUGGAAAUGGGAAGCUGCCCGAUACUGAAAAUUAUGACUCGCACCUUCAUUUUGUGCUUGAAAAUAGGAAGAAAACCUCUGUGAAGCCGACCAGAUCAAGGGAACUUGGUUCAUCUGAAAGAUAUCAAAAGAGCUCACGCUGGGUGGAAGAUAAGUCAGUUCAGAGCAAAGGUAAAAAAACUAGGAAUGAAUCUCCUACUGGAAAUGAUUGCUGUAAUUCUGCUAGAUACUCAAGGGCUGAUGAGUUAUAUGUUGAAUACAAGGGGGUGAAAAUCAGGUACACAGAUGUUGCAACUGCAGCCCAUGAAGCCCUUGAUUCUGCAGAACAUGCAACCAUGGCUGCACACGCUGCCCUAACUCUCGCCAGUCGUGAAUAUAAUCAGAACUCAAGCCAGACAACCGAUGAUUCAAGUGAAAUCUCUUCUAAUUCCAGUGAUGAAGCUUUUGAAAGAAGUUUCUUGAGGGACACAAAUGAACAGAGGCAUCUAAAACAGAUUCGAGGGUUCACAAGUUGUGGGGUUUCCAAACACACUGAGAAACAGAGAGGCACUUAUGAUCAUAGUGAUGUUGAUUAUCAGAGAAUCGGUAAUGAUUUUCCUGACAGAAAGAAAGCACAGGGCGGGAGAGAAGCUUGCUUCAAUAAGCCAAUAUACAAUUGGGCUAAACCAAAAUCAAAUAACCAGUCAUUUCCCUCCAAAUAUAAUCAGCCUCACAGUAUUUUGGAUGAUUUUAAGUCUGAUAGAAGUGUCCCUCUCUUAGGGAGAAAACAAUACCAGGACCCAAAGAGGGUAACCAAUAGAUGCAUGUCUGAAAGGAGGCUAAGGCCAAGAAUGUCCUUUGCAGAGGAAGCUGAAACAGAAAGAUCAUCGAGCUCGAGGCUAAGCAAUACCAUGCAAUCAGAUGAUUUUGAAAGGAUCAAAGUCAGGUUUCGUAGCAAAACUCCAAUGCCCACAAAGUCCAAACCAUUAGAAUUUUAUGGUAAAGAUGAAUCCUAUCAAGCCAUUGCCACUGCAAACAAAUUCAUUGUUUCUCAGAAUUCACACAAAGAAGGAUUAUGCAGAUCCGAAGGCAGUGGCAAGCUAAGAUGGUACUCUGCAAACUUGCAAGACCAAGAAACCCACUUUAUAUCUAUAGAUGAAAUCGAGUCAAAGAAUAGCUACAAUAAUGUUGGUAAUGAUGGUGAAAUCAGAUCAUAUAUGAGUGGUGAGUUUUCUACAGAAUUGGAGGUCAAUCAGAAAAUCCUUGGUCAUCAAGAGAAAAUUUCUCGGAGCAAAAAUUUUGUGGAUUCCAAAGAUUCAAAGCUGAAGGGCAACAAGGAGGAUUGCGCUAGAAUUGAUCUAGAUCGGCUGCCCAAAAGCCUUAGAUCUUGGAAAAUGCAGCUUCCUUCAAAGGCAGAUGAAUGAUUAUCGGCAGCUUCAACUCUCUCCAGAAUUACUUCUCUAUUUGCUAAUUCAAUUCUUGCAACCAAAAUCUCUCUUAUGCAUUGCCUCCCUACCUAAUAGAUUUAGGAAACCAUAGAUUUGUGUGUAGCAAAAUAAAAUUCCUCAUAUGGAAGGAUUUGCUUGCAAUUUACACAAUGGCCCAUAGAAUAUCCCUUGUCUGAUCAUGGCCACUAGAGAUUAUUAUGUGAAAGGUAUGAGUUUAGUGUUAAUUAAUGUAU